AUGAAUUUCCUCAAGAAAUUCAAACGCUUCAACCCUCUAGAACCUUCCAUAGCCACCUUCGGUUUCUUCUUCCUCUCUGUCCUUUUCAUUGGAUGCUUCUUCUACGUUGAUUACAAGGAAGGUGAUAAAUGCGAUGUUUUCGACGGAAAUUGGGUCUGGGAUGAAGCUUAUCCACUUUAUCAUUCCGCAAAUUGUUCCUUCUUGGAUCAGGGCUUUCGUUGCUCGGAGAAUGGGAGGCCUGAUACUUUUUAUACUAAGUGGAGAUGGCAACCUAAAGAUUGCGACUUGCCAAGAUUUGAUGCAAGGAAGAUGUUGGAUAUGUUACGAAACAAGCGGUUAGUUUUUGUUGGUGAUUCGAUUGGGAGAAACCAAUGGGAAUCGAUGCUUUGUAUGAUAUCUUCUGCGGUUGCUAACAAGAGUUCUAUUUAUGAGGUUAACGGGACGCCAAUCACUAAGCACACAGGAUUCUUGGCAUUCAGGUUUGAAGAUUUCAACUGCACUGUUGAAUACUACAGGUCUCCGUUUUUAAUAGUGCAGGGACGGCCUCCUCCGGGAGCACCUCAUCGGGUGAAAUUGACUCUGAGAAUCGAUCAAAUGGACUGGACUUCUCAUCGGUGGAGAAACGCUGAUGUGUUGGUUCUCAAUGCCGGACAUUGGUGGAAUUACCAGAAGACCAUCAAAAUGGGUUGUUACUUCCAAAUAGGGAAUGAAGUGAAUAUGAAUAUGUCUACAGAAGAUGCAUUCAGAAUAUCAGUUGAAACAGUAGUUGAUUGGAUUGCCCGUGAAGUAAACAGGAACAAAACAUAUGUCCUUUUCCGAACUUACGCUCCUGUGCAUUUCAGAGGUGGUGACUGGAAUACUGGUGGUGGUUGUCAUUCGGAAACACUACCUGAUUUAGGCUCCUUACCGACACAGUCCGACAUGCAUUUCAGUACCGUCGCUAAUGUCUUGCCACAACGCGCAAAUAAAUCAGAAGUGCUGAAUUUGGAGUUGCUUAAUGUCACACAAAUGUCCGCACGCAGGAAAGACGGCCAUGCAUCUAUUUACUAUAUUGGGCCAAAGCACACAGCCUCUAUGCAGCGGCAAGACUGUAGUCAUUGGUGCCUCCCUGGUGUUCCUGAUUCAUGGAACGAGAUUCUUUAUUCUCUAUUUCUCAAGAAGACUUUUUCGGAGCGCAAUUCAACCAAAGUUUCUCAUGUUUCACCAUAA